AUGUUCGACGUAAAGGAGUUUCUGCGAUUCGUGGUCAUCAGCUUUAUUACCGCGCCACCAAACUUCAAAUGGCAGCAACUUCUUGAAAGGUCAGUAGAUCUCAAUUUCACAGAAGAUACUGGCGCUAAAGUCAGCCCUAGAGCCUUUCCAGCAUAUGAGCGCGAUCGAAGCCCGCCACUGCCUUUGACACGACCGGCCGAAGAAGGUGAAGAGGACGAAAAACAUGACACAACACCUAGGCCAAGGAAGCUCAAUAUCAAGAAUACUCUGACCAAAUGGUUCAUCGACUGCAUAACAAUGGGGGCUCUGCUGAAUACUGUUGCGUUCAUUCUCCUCAUCGGUGUCCUCAAAGGCCAAGCGAAGGAACAGAUUGCACAGAAUAUUAGAACGGAGACCUUCCCUAUCAUCUUCAACAGCUACAAGAUAUGGCCGAUAGCUUCGAUCAUCAGCUUCAGUUUCGUCCCUGCUGAGAAGCGUAUUGUAUUCCUUUCUUGCGUGGGCCUGCUUUGGGGAGUCUAUAUGUCCUUGAUUGCGGCAAGCAUAUAG